AUGGCUGAGUGGCAGGGGAGGGGGAGUCACGUACCUGGAAGGGUUCACAAGUCUUCCGGCAAGCCGAACCACAAGUGUUCCCUCUUCAGCCGUAGGCUGGUGUUGUUGGUUGAGGUUUUUGGAGGCGUGGAGAAACUCGAGCCUCUCGAAGAGAUGGCUGAGUGGCAGGGGAAGGGGAGUCACGUACCUGGAAGGGUUCACAAGUCUUCCGGCAAGCCGGACCACAAGUGUUCCCUCUUCAGCCUGAGGCUGGUGGUGGUUGAGGGUGAUGAAGUCGAGGCGAGGCGUGGAGAAACUCGAGUCUCAUACGAGACCGAGUGGCAGGAAGGGGGAGUCACGUACCUGGAAGGGUUCACAUGUCUUCCGGCAAGCCGGACCACAAGUGUUCCCUCUUCAGCCAGAGGCUGGUGGUGGUUGAGGGUGAUGAAGUCGAGGCGAGGCGUGGAGAAACUCGAGUCUCAUACGAGACCGAGUGGCAGGAAGGGGGAUCCACGUACCUGGAAGGGUAUCACAAGUCUUCUGGCGGACCCAGACCACAAGUGA